GACAUUCGCCGUUGCCCCUCGACGGAGCUUCUCCUGUCGGCCUCACCGUAUUGGUACAGGCUUAGCCAUCUGACCCUAUCGAAGCCAAUAGGUGGAAGCAGCGGGACCGCUAAGUAGCGGUGAUAGCAGGGUCGUGCCAAGGGAAGAUUGUGGGGGCCUGCCCACAUUUUUGUCCGCAGGCAGAGAUGAUAUCCGUUGGCCAUUGGUGGCGAAACUGAAAUCUCCACCGCCCGUUGAGCAGAAUUCCCAUCCCUUAUAUCUGAGCGUUUCCAUCCUCCGCGAAAGCAGGUGCCGUGCCAGAUCCUUCACCAUGUCGCCGCCGUCCGUCCUUCAUCUCAUCGUCUUUCUGACCCUCCUCUUCUCGUCGAUCAGUGGCACGGCUAGGGAGACUUUCAUUGUUCACGUCUCCAAGGCACACAAGCCGUCGAUCUUUGCCACAAACCACCGCUGGUACCACGCCCUUCUCAGUUCCGUCGCCGGCGAGCUGCGCCCUGCCCGCAUCCUCUAUACCUAUAGCCGUAUUGCCCAUGGCUUUGCAGUACGGCUCUCUCGCUCCCAGGCUGAGUCGAUCCGGAGACUCCCCGGAGUCCUUGCCGUCACGCCUGACAGGGUCCACCACCUCCACACGACGAGGACGCCGCGGUUUUUGUCUCUCACCGAUUCCAACGGCCUCUGGCCGGCGGCCAACUACGGCGACGACAUUGUCAUCGGGGUCCUGGACACCGGGAUCUGGCCGGAGAGGCCGAGCUUCUCCGAUGCAGGCCUCCCGCGUCCGCCAAAUCGCUGGCAGGGGAAGUGCGACGCAGGCCCCGAUUUUUGCAACAAUAAGAUCAUCGGCGCGAGAUUUUACCAUAAAGGGUAUGUCGCCUCUGUGAGGAUGAUGAACGGGACGACGGAUUUAUUGUCUCCCCGCGAUACGGACGGCCACGGGACGCACACGGCGUCGACGGCUGCAGGAGCAGCCGUUCCCGGUGCCGGAUUCUUCAGUUACGCGGAAGGCGAGGCAAGGGGCAUGGCUCCGUUGGCCCGCAUCGCUGCAUACAAGAUCUGCUGGAGCCGAGGAUGCUUUGACUCCGACAUUCUGGCGGCGAUGGACCAAGCCGUGUCCGACGGCGUCGAUAUCAUCUCACUCUCUGUCGGUGCCACCGGUUCCGCUCCAGAUUAUGACUAUGACUCGAUCGCGAUUGGUGCCUUCGGGGCCAUCCGCAGUGGCGUCCUGGUCUCGUGCUCAGCCGGGAACUCCGGCCCAGAGCCAAAAACGGCCGUGAACAUCGCACCGUGGAUCCUAACAGUCGGGGCGUCGACCAUCGAUCGUGAGUUCCCGGCAGACGUCAUUCUCGGUGAUGGCACCGUCUUGGGAGGGGUUUCCCUCUACAGCGGUAAUCCUCUCGGAUCAGAUCGGCUCCCGUUAGUAUACCAAGCGGAACGGUACUCCAGCAGUCUCUGCCUUCCGGGUUCGUUGGAUCCGACCAUAGUCGCCGGGAAGAUUGUCCUGUGUGACCGUGGUUUCAACGCCCGCGUGGAGAAGGGGAGCAGCGUCAAAGAAGCCGGCGGCGCUGGCAUGAUCUUGGCAAACACCGCGGAGAGCGGCGAAGAGCUAGUUGCCGACGCACACCUUCUGCCUGCUACGAUGGUGGGCCACACCGCGGCCAAGAAGAUCCGUCGAUACGCCGGCUCCGUUGCCUCGCCGAAUGCGACGAUAGCCUUCAGGGGCACGGUGACUGGCCGCUCCCUGUCCGCGCCCCAAGUUGCUGCCUUCUCCUCCCGCGGGCCUCAUUUCAUCUCGCCGGAGAUCAUCAAGCCAGACGUCGUGGCGCCCGGAGUCAACAUCCUCGCCGGCUGGACUGGGUUUGCCGGGCCUACGGGCCUGGAUAUCGACUCUCGCCGGGUAGACUUCAACAUCAUAUCGGGCACCUCCAUGGCUUGCCCCCACGUCAGCGGCUUGGCAGCCCUGCUCAGGAAGGCUCACCCGGGGUGGAGUCCGGCCGCCAUCAAGUCGGCCCUCAUGACGACGGCGUACGCCGUCGACAACUCCGGCUCGCCGAUCAAGGACGUGGCAUUCGGAACCGAAUCUACGCCAUUCGUUCAUGGAUCCGGCCAUGUCGAUCCAAAUAAAGCCCUGAAUCCAGGGCUGGUAUACGACGCCGAUGUCAGCGAUUACCUGGUAUAUCUCUGUGCCGUCGGAUACAAUCCAGAGAGGAUCGCCGUCAUCGCCCAGGGCGAAACCGUUGAUUGCUCCAGGUUCGGCAACCCUGGGAAUCUCAACUACCCUUCCUUUUCAGUCGUUUUCGGACCCCAGCUAGUGAUCCAGUACCAAAGAACCGUCACCAACGUCGGACCCAGCAACUCGACCUACGAAGCUAGUGUAUCCGUUCCAUCUCAUGUGAAGAUAACUGUGUCCCCAAGUAGGCUCUCAUUCGCCGCCACAGACCAGAAGCUGACCUACUCGAUCAAGUUCGAGUUGUGGGCGGAGUCGCCUGGCGAGCUGCCAUGGCCGAGCUUUGGUUAUAUAGUGUGGAGCGACGGCAUGCACAGCGUGAGGAGUCCCAUAGCAUUCUCUUUUCAAGACAUCUGGGUGGCAUCCGCUUGAUCGCACUCCUUAUCGACGUCCAUGGUUGCUAGAAGCCCAAUUAGUUGUACCAUUACAACCACAUCGUGUAGAAUGCAAUUUAUUUCAUAAAGAUAACGUUUUAGAGCUUA